UCAAGUCGUUAUAAGAGUAUAUACUUGAGAGGCACAGAUCUUCUGCCACCACCACCUGAUGUUUUCUUCAUUCAUCCCCUUUUAUAUUGAUGAAGAUGUGAAGUGAGAUACUUCCAAUUAUUGGGGUAUAAAAACAUUGACUCUGUAAGAAAUCGUGAUCAGUUUUAAGGCAGAUACCGGAGGUGGUAGUUUUACUCAUCAAAUAUUAUUUUUCGAAAAAAGGGCUCGCUUUCUGCCUUUGUUUUAUUUUGUGCGCCUGGAAAUGUGAAUUAUUUUAACUUUUUUUUUAUCAUUGUUUGAUUUUUGAUGAUUUGAUUUAGUUAAAAACAAAAACUCGUAUCUAUAGAAAAACUUUUUAAAAAUUGUGUUGUGUAAAUAUUAAGAGAAAAACGACAGAGAAAUAAACAUUCGAAAAAUGUGCGAAUAUCGUGAGAAAACAAAUGAAAAUGAAGACACAAAUUCAACAGUUGAGGAAGCUGCGGGAGGGACAGCAGCAGUUGAGACUGGUAUUGGUACAAGUAGAACAAUAACUUUAGGAACCGAUGUCAUUGCUGGGCAACCCCAACCGGCCAAGGGUUCAGAAUACUUCGAGAAUGCUCUACAAGCAACAAAAUUCGGCAAAUUCAACUAUUUUGUUAUCCUGAUUUCCGGAUUGAUUCUUUCAAAUGUUUUACUCGAAACACUUGGGAUAAGUUUUGUACUGCCUGUUUCACAAUGUGACCUUCAUCUAACAAUUAAAGAACGUGGAGUCUUGAGUGCCAUUGGCUUUGUGGGGAUAAUUACAACAUCACAUCUGUGGGGAUUUUUAGCUGAUACAACAGGACGAAGGCAAAUUAUUCGACCAACUUUACUUAUAGGAUUUGGAUUUACUGUACUCUCAAGUUUUACAAAUAACUUUUGGGCUCUUUGCAUUUUGAGAUACCUGAAUGGAUUUUGCAUAUCUGGAGGAUCUGCAACUGUCUAUGCUUAUUUGGGAGAAUUUCAUACUGAAAAGACACGAUCCAGAGCUAUUAUGGGUGCUGCUUUUAUCUUUGGAGUAGGUGCAAUGAUAAUGCCAGCUUUGGCAUGGCUUGUCAUCAAUCAGGAAUGGCGUCUCGAGAUUCCAUUACUUGCUAUAACCUACAAGCCCUGGAGACUCUUUAUGGUAGUCUGUGGUAUUCCAGGCUUUAUUUGUGGCCUGUGUCUAUUCAAGAUUCCCGAGAGUCCCAAAUUUCUGCUUUCCCAGGGAAAGGAUGAGAUGGCAUUGGAUAUACUCAAGACAAUGUUUAAGUGGAAUACUAGAAGAGCAAAGGAUGAGUUUCCUUAUUCCCGUGUCUUAGAAGAUAUUGAUUCAUCGAUGAGACCUAAAAUGGCUUUGCCCGCAACAAGUCCGUGCGUAGCACUUUUCAAAUCAAUGUGGGCACAAACUCAACCACUUUUCAACCGGGAAUACAUGCGAACAACAGUUUUGAUAUGUUCAAUUCAAUUUUGGAUUUUUGUAACAUCGAAUGGAAUGUACAUGUGGUUUCCACAUAUUUUGAAUAGUGUUGGCGAAUUCAUCAAAGAAAAUCCCAAUAAUAGAACUUACAUUUGUGAUGUUGUUUAUAAUAAACAAGCUGUGCUAUUCGAACAGGAAAACCACCAGGCUCAGGAAGUUUGCAAUGAAAAAUUGGAAAUUUCAACAUAUCAGCAUUCGUUAACGUUGGAAUUAAUGUAUGCAGUGGGAUUUGCUGUUAUAGGGGCGGUUAUCAAAAACGUGGGGAAGGUUUGGAUUUUGUUUGUUACUCUUGGAGCUUGUGGAAUUUGUGGGAUCAUUACAAUUUACGUGAAUCUUCCUAUGGUAGCAAUCUACCUGUAUCUUAUUUUGCUCCUUUGUGGCUUAGGAAUCAAUGUCUUAAGUGCUGCAACAGUCGAUCUCUAUCCAACUAGGCUUAGAGCAAUGGCUGUCUGUAUAUCACUGAUGAUGGGUCGUUUAGGGAGUGUUGUUGGAGCAAACAUAGUCGGUCUUCUAAUUAGCCAUCAUUGCGAGAGUGCAUUUUUGGCAACAGGGAUUUCCUUAAUUAUUGCUGGUUUUCUAGGCUUUUUCAUUCCAAAACCAGUUAAAGGAGGUUCCGAAUCACCUCGACGUAUAAGUCUAAUAUCAAUGACGGGGAAUUGAUAAAUAAUUUUAGACGUUCUUAUGAAGAAAAAAAAAUAAAUUUUAAAGUCUGAUAUCUUACCUGAGAAUUUAAAUAAAAUAUAGGUUAUGAUUUUUUUUUAUUCGUUUGCAGUUCACAAUAUAAACAAACAAAACAUUUGUUAUUAUGCAUACUCUUAAGCUGUAAUCGAUAUAAGAAAAUAAGUUAGUUUUGUAUUAAAAAU